AAACAUACCGGUUUGCUCCGGUCCCGCCGCCUCGCACAUUUUCCUAUUUACAAAUCCACCGCAGACCGCAAUCGGCUUCGGUAGAGUGCAGACACGCGUGCGGUAGCGCUCUAUCACGAAUUUAUUUAUCGGAAAAACUCGCAAACAUGUGACGCGAAAUCGUCGAGCGCAAAGAAAUCGAGUAGGCCGUGGUGAUGUGUUUUAGGCGAGAAGAAAGUGCCGUGAACCAGUGGAAAUAAUGCCGUUCGUGCAGCGCGCGAUCGAGCCGAAAUGGCUGAGCAAGGGCCGAUUGUUCGAUGAUGACGGACGGCCGAAGAUCGGCGACUUCGAGCUGGAGGCCGUCACCAACGGGACGCUGUGCAACGCGUUGCGCCAGCUCGGUUCGCUCGUUCGCGCCGCCGACGACAUCUUCGCCGAGCUCGGCGGCCGGCUGGAGGAUAUCGGAAGGCGGUCGGAGCGGCUGAAGGUGAAGAUCGGCCGCGUCGAGGAGAAGGCGCGAUCGUUCGAUCCCAAGGAGGUCGCUGUUCCCGAAAGCGAUAUAGCUUCGUUCGCGUCGCUCAAAAACCACUACAAGGCCGAACGGCCGUUCGAAUGCGGCCUGUUCACGCCCGACACGCGCCCGUCGGCGUUGCGACGCCUCUACGACACCGCCGCCAAGACGCCCGUCGACGUCAUGCGCCAAUUGGACCGGUGGCGUCGCGACGGCUGCCGAUCGUCGAGGUUCUUCGUUUGUACGCCCGUCUUGGGCGCCAAACGGCGACGCGUCCGCAACAAGAUCGACAUCGACAUCGAAACCAGCCUGCCCGCCGCCUUGGAGGACUUGCGAAGGUGGACGUCGAAGGAGGCGUUGGGCGACGUCACGGUGACGCCGGAUUGCGCCAAUCGAAUAGCGAGCACGUUCAGCGAAGGUGACGUCAUCGAUCACAAGCUACCGUCGCCCGAGGAACAACUCCAAGUGGUCGCCCUCAAAUUCCCCGCCGAAAUGGUGGCGGUCGACGUGACUGGUCGCAGCUUCGAUCGCAUGUCGUCGCGACGCCGUUCGCUGGCGCCCGAAACGGCGUCGGAGCGCGCCGAUCGGACGGCGGACGGCGUCGACGAGGCGGCGGGGGCGGCGGAGGCGGCGCGAAGGAGGCCUAAAAACAGGAGGACGCGCGGCAGGCGGCGCAACACGCUGGCCGGUACCGAUCAGAAGGAGAUCAGGGACGCCAUUACGGCCGGGGAGGAACCGUCCUCGUCGAACGCCCACCAAACCGACGCCGACUUCAACGACGCCGACGCUCAGAUCGCCGUCACGCGCAGCAAAAGCAGCGACCUCUUGCGCUCCACCAAAAAAGACUCGCCCGAAACGAAGAAAUCCCAUUUCAACACUCUCAAGCAAUGGGGCCGAAGCCGCUACGACAAACUGAUGAACAAACACCAAGAAAACAACAACAAUAUCGACAAAAUGGAGGACGUGAAUUUGUACGAGUCAAUAACAGCGCGUCGACGUCGCGACGCCGAGAAAGACCGCCGCACGCACCAACGAAACCCCUCGAUAUCCUCAUCGGAGAAAUCCAUCAUCAACUCACCAAUAACUCAUCCUUUAUCAAACAUUACAGUGCGCCUGCGCGACGUCUCGACGCAGCGCCGACGCAAAGACGAACCCCAUUCGUCGAGCGGCAAUUGGAGCGCCAGCUCAGAAAGCGGCCGAGCCUCCGUCGGCUCCGAAACCCACCCGAAAUCCACCACGUCCGCCACCGCCUCUACCGCCUCCCUCAAUCGACCCGGCUCCGUCAACAGCCGGCGACGCUACAACGCCAACACCCCGACGACGUCGGGCGGCAGCGUCACCAGCGAGGGCACCCUCACGCCCGACAUCAUCCACGAUUUGCACGAGGACGGCGAAACCAGCUCGGUGUAUUCCUGCGACACCGAGGGGUACUACACUUCCUUUCACUUGGACAGCGGGUUGAAGACGUUGAAAGAGGAGGAGGCUACUCCGCCUACUCCGCUCCACGUCACCUCAGCUAUAUCAUCUAACACUGCUUUAUCAGCUGAAAGCGAGUAUGAGUUGUUUGGUAAAGGAUCUACUUCCACCACCACUAGCUCUGCUGGUACUGUUUGUACCACGCUCCGAGCAUCAGACAGUAACAAGUCUUUGAUGAUAAUCGGUCCUGCUGUACCGGAACGCAAAAGCUCUCUCUCGGGGAAGUCCAACGAAAGUUCUUUGGAGCGAGACUUCGGCGAUCGUACCGGUACAGUCAAACGCAGUCCAGCCACCAACACCAACAAACCAGUCGUAGUACAAACCAACGAUGGUGAUAUAUCCCCAGAUAGCGGACACAACACCUCUAGCUCACCCAUAGAGUCGAUUAGUAGUCCUAACGGGGUGCGCAGCGGCUCCGAUUUCGAGCUUUCCGAAUCUUCUGAUAUGGAAGGACCGGAAAGAUCCGAACGGAUUCGCGCCAAAACGACCAUCGACUCCAGCCGGAUACCGUCGAUGUGCGUCAUCACGCCGACGCACAGCGACGACGACGCCAGCGACGCCUCAUCCACACGCCACAAAUCUAUACAUUCGAAGCCCCAGGAAGCCUCCAUUCGCCACAAAACGAAGCCUCAAGAAGUUGUUAACUCCACCCGCUACAAAUCCAUCCAUUCGAAGCCUCAGGAAGCCUCCACUCACCACAAAACUAGCCUCACGAAGCCUCAGGAAGCCUCCGCUCGCCACGAAACCAUCUACACAAAGCCUCAGGAAGUCGUUAAAGAGGCUGCGGCGGUGUCGAAGCCUCCGAUCAUCAAAGCGAGUUUGUUGCCGUUGAACAACAUGCUGGGCAGGUUGAAGUCCAACUUGGCGAGCUUGGCGCAGAAGCGGGACAGGAGCAAAUCGCCUAACGCGUCGAUUUUCGACGCCGGCGAGUACGUCACCAUAGCGGACGUGAGGAACAACAACCAAGCCCCAGCUCAGGAAGACAUCAACAAGAAUCUGGCGAGCGUGUUGGCGGGUAAAUUGAGAGAGGCUGAGUACGUGAGCCUCAACGAGUUGCCUUGCAACACCACCACCAAAGCGGAUUCUUUAGAAAGGCGUCGACAAGGUGCUCGAGUAGUACUGGAUGGUGAUGGUAAAGUGGUGUACAGUUCGGAUAGUUUGAAGCGACGCAAAGGAGCCCACACCACCUUCGAACCCGGCAAAAACGUCAAAUCAUCGACUGUAGUAGACGGUACUUCGCCGGUACUAAGAUCACCGCAAACGGUACGACCGGUACCGAACACUCAGCACCAAAUGCGCGCCAACGUACCGCCGACGGAGUUCCACCGGCCCCGCGCCCAGUUGGUCGUCAAGGCGGCCGCCGGGGCGGUCGAGGUGGUACGUCGACCGGCGGCCACCGUCGUGGCGGCGGCCAAGUCGCCGCCGAGGGGCGCCUACGUCAACGUCCAAUCGCGAGAAACGGAACAAACCAGCCCGGUGAUGUACCCGUACAGCAGCGAAUUGGACACCAACCGGUACAUUUACCCCCGCCGGUACUCCACAUUACCCUCGAAGAAGACCCGCUACUUCGAAGAACCGACACCGGAGCGCUCCGUCACCCCCGACAUCACCCGAGGCCUCUCCCGCCUGCCGGCCAAGCCGGCCCCGCCGGUCCCCGUCCAAAUGCCCGACAUCAGCCGGCUCAAUCUGCUCAACGCCGACCCGAAGGUGUCCCCCAUCGAACCGCGCCACUCCGGCGGCUUCCAAUCCUCCACCCCCACCGCCAAGGAGCUCAAAGCCGCCUCUAAUCUCGAGCACAGGCUGCUCUCCCCCAGGAAAUCCACCAUGUCCAACGAGGAGCUCUACGCCGUGAUCCAUCGCGUUAAAAAGAAGAUGAAUAUCGAUGCACCGGAGCCGGUGGAGGCGGUGGUGGAGGCGGUGGAGGUGCCUAGUACUCGCGUUAGAUCCCCCGAAACCGGCUACAUAGGGAAAUCCCCCAGUCGAGGCGAUUACGUCGACUUCACCGAAGGCUUCAAGCUCUCCCCGCCCAAACCCAAACCCAAGCAAACCUCCACGUUGGACUUCAAGAAGCUGCUGUUGCAGAAGUGCACCAGCACCAACUCGCCGAAGAAGAUCUCCGCCGUGGAGCAACUCAAGCUGUCCAAACAGCAACCGCAGGGUAUGGAUAUACUGGAUUUGAGCGGCUCCCCGCGGACGUUCGGGGCGCGGAAAUUCGCCCCCGGGUCGCCCGGCAAGGCGAUGAAGACGCGGCCUCAUCAGUGGCGGUUCGCCAGUCCGCGCAGCGACGUGCUGUCGUCGCCGAUACCGGAGGCCUUCGGCGAGGAGGAGAGCCCGGAGGGUUCGAUGGAGAGGAGGCGGUCGGGCGGCGGGUCGUCGCCCAAGGGGAUGCCCAGGUUGAACGUGGAGCGGGCGCCCUACACGGCGGCCACGCAGAGGCUGUACGCCCAAAGGGCCAGGUAUUUCAGCGCGCCCAAGAGGGAGGGCGAUCGGGAGCAGGAGAAGGUGGCGCCUCCUGCAUUGGAAACGGCGUUUUAGACUGUUUCUGGUUAUUUAUUUAUUUCGUUUUUCGCGUUUUUAGUUUUUUUUUGUAUCUAGUCCGGUUUUUUUAUUUUUUUAUUUUUAUACUUGGAUUUAGGUGUAAGUUUUGUACAAAUCUCACGUUCGUGGGUAUAUUAUACCUGUUGGAUUAGAUCAAACAAAAUGGAAGAUUUAUUUUAUUGAAUCUUCGACAAGUUGCCUUAAAUUAUUGUAAAUCUUAAUAUAUCGAGUUUUUUUUUGAAUGUAAAUAAACGUUUUGAAUUUGAUGAAACAUUUUAUUAUGCGAAUG